AUGAGAAGAGGGCUUCCGAGAGGAGCCACGGGGUUUUCCAUACACGAUUCCACGGAGCAGCUGACCGUCGCUAUGCCCGAUCAAAAAUGGUUUCAAGUGAAUAUCAUGAUGUGUGAGGGCGACAGAAGGUUUUUACAAAGUCUCUACGAGUUUAUUGACCAGGAGAAAAUGUACCUGCAGUGUCCAGCAGAGGGGCCUGACGAGCUCCGGUACUUCCUCUACCGCUCCGUGUUCAACAAGGUGAUUAACCAAAUGACAGCCUCUAAAAGACUCCUGCUGAACAUAAAGACAGAGUAUGAAAAGACCAUCCGAGAGCUGAAGAGAAGGGAGGAUGAAGCAGCUUCACAGCAAACUGUGGUGACCUCAACAACACGUCAACAAACUCUGAAGACCUGCCAGAGACAAGCCGCUCAGCUCAGAGACAUAAUCUCCAUUCUUCAGUCACAAACAUCAGGCCUUCAGGAGGAGAUCAAAAGAAGAAACUCUGAAAAUCAGAGGCUGUGGUUACCAGUAGCCCCAUGUACAAAAGAGACAGACGAGGACUGCUGCAGCAGGGAGCUGAUCAAGGACAAACAGUCCAUGGGACAGGAUGAGCUGGAUCAUCUGAACAGGUUUGUGGAGCUUUUUAAAUCGGCUCGAUAUGAAGAAGCUGCGCUGCAUGCAGCCAGAGCUCCUGGAGGAGUUUUGAGAAGUUCUGUCACCAUGGAGAUGUUUAAAGGUGUGGACGGCCCCCCAUGGUCAGCCCCCCCUGCCCUCCUGUUCUUUCAGGCCCUGCUGGUUACCGUGGGGACAGGUAACCGUCUUCCAGCUGAGGUGUCUCUGCAGGGAGUCUCCUGUUCGCUGAAACAUGGAGACAUGCAGCUUGUCACUCACGCUGUCACCCAGAACAAACUGAUGUUCUCUGAGGACCUGGGUGACGUUCUUACUGAGCAUGCUCAGAAGAAUCCCUUCAUGGCUGACCUGUCUCUGGCACUCGCCACCUUUGUCUACGAGUCCUGCAGAGUGUACAGGAAGUCAGCACUGAGCAUGUGCAGGAGAGGUUUCAUCCACAGUGCUGCAGAGUUCAUGAAGCUCAACCUGACAGCAGGUGAGUGCAUGUGGGUCAUCUGUCACUCAGGCAGCCUCUCCCUCCUCCAGCUGCUGACAGAUGCUCCACAGGGCCAGGCUGCCAUGUUGUCUGUGGGCGUGGCCUGUUCUUCUCUGCUGGCAGACCCUCAGCAGCAUCAGUUGGCGCUGCAGCUCCUGAAUGGCUUCAUGAGUCGAGGGCAAGAUGUGUUGGAGGACAUCAUCAUUAAUGACGGUGGCUCCACGAUGGACCAGUGGGACCAGGUGGCUUCUCUGUGCUCCGGACUGGGCCAAGACAUCCUGAGCCAGACCAUUCAGUCCGUUCUAUGGGACCAGAACAGAACUGGAACCCAGUCACCGGACCUGGAGGGAGCGUGUCUCAUGGAGCACGUCUUCCUGUGA